AUGGCCCGGCCAUUCAGCCGGCCCGGCGUGAGGGCAGCGGUCACCGCCGGGGUGUUUGUUGUCACCCUCUGGAACCUGAGGUGCUUCCUCAACCCCUCCGAGGUCUCCGGAGAAGCCCCCAAGCCCGCUGAGCCACUGGUGGUCCUGGUGUGGGAAUGGCCCUCCAAGCAGGUCCCCAACAUCAGUGGGGACGUUUGCCAUGAGCUGUACGGCAUCGCGGGGUGCCGGCUCACCACGGAGCGGCGGCUCCUCGCCCAGGCCGACGUGGUGGUGUUCCCACACAGCAGGCUGCAGCCGGGCAGGGACAGGCUGCCCAAGGAGCGGCCACCGGGGCAGAACUGGGUGUGGGUGUCCCUGGAGUCCCCCUCCAACACUAAAGCUCUAGCGGGCUGGAACAGGACCUUCAACUGGGUGAUGACCUACAGACAGGACUCAGACAUCUUCAUCCCCUACGGCAAGCUUGUGCCCAACCGGUCGGCCAGCGUGAACAUCCCCACCAAGACCAACUUGGUGUCCUGGGUUAUCAGCAACUACCACAGGACUCAGAGAAGAGCCGAAGUCUACAAAAACCUCUCCAAGCACCUCCACGUGAACAUCUAUGGGAAAGCAAACAAAAAGCCGCUUUGCAAGGACUGCCUCUUGCCAACGACGUCCAGGUCCAAGUUCUACCUGGCUUUUGAGAACUCCAUCCACCAGGACUACAUCACCGAGAAGCUCUGGAGGAACUCGUUGCUGGCCGGCACCGUGCCCGUGGUGCUGGGGCCUCCGCGGGCCAACUACGAGCGGUUUGUCCCUGCGGAUUCCUUCAUUCACGUCGAUGACUUUGGCUCCCUGGCAGAGCUGGCCGCCUUCCUGAAGACCAUGAACUCCAGCCGGUACCGGCAGUUCUUCUCCUGGCAGAAGAGGUACAGCGUGAAGCUCUACGACGACUGGAGGGAGCGCAUCUGCACCAUCUGCACCGCCUACCCCGGCCUGCCCCGCGGCCGCGUCUAUCCCGACCUGGAGAGCUGGUUCAACACCUAG